GUUAAACAUAUCUUCAUCAGUCGAGGCAUGUUUGCUGCAUGUUACCUUUUGAGUCUUGUGCAGCUGUACUAAUGAGAUAAUUACUUGUGCUGCUCUCGCUGGAGAUGAGCAUGUGAUCUUCCUUCUAAUUUUCCUGAAGUAGGAGGAUAUCAACGGGCCAGUACGUCAAACGGCUGCUAGAGUAAACAAUACCUUCGUUCGUCAAAUUCUAACCCAAAAUCUCCUGAAAGACUCAACUCAUUUUAUUUGGUCUGUUAAUGAGUGUACUGUGUUUUGUCCGCUACUCUCUCACGGCCUCAUCUAUCACUCGUUUCCCAGUCAGAACUUUACAUUCACUUGUUUCACGAUACCACCACAUACAACCCUUCAAAGAAUAUAGAACACCUCGCAAGAUGGAGUAUGAUGAAAAUGACGAUCCGGAACUCGCAGCAGCCAUCCGAGAGUCGAUGAAAUAUCAACCAGGUGGACACCCGUUUGUCGAUCAUAGAAACCCAUUGAAUGAUGUCGUCGACCUUACUGGUGAUUCAGACGACGGGAACAACAGUGCUCAUCAAAAUGAUCUAAUUAACCUCGAGGAAGAAUCUGACGACGAGGAUCUCAAACGAGCUAUCGCGUUAUCAAUGCAGCAGACGGGGAUGUCCGAAGAGCCAGAAGAAAUACCCGAAUCGGUAGACGAAGUUGAGAUUAUUAAUAACCCUAUUCCCAAGAAGCCCAUAUCAGAGGAAAAGACGACAGCUACUCAGAACUCAAGUGCAUUUGGACUUCUAGGACUCGAUCGCAAAAUACUUGAGGAAGAGCGUCUUGCCCGCGUUGCGAAGCGAAAGGCAGACCAGAGCAUCUCUCCGCCGCCUUUGAGUCGGGAGCGGAAAGUUGCAAGGAAGACUGUCUCUCCCUCUCCGAGUGGUGCGCUUCAAACUGUACUACAGGCGUCGGACUCCAAAGCAGCCAGCAGAGAGGGCAAUGGAGUAAAUGCUGCACCAUCCUCCCGUCCAUCCAUUCAAUUCCCCAAAGGAGCGGUGAAAAAGACAUGGGUAUUUGGUUGUCCACGAAGUAGUGACGACAUCAAGAUCGAAGAGGUCUUACAAUCCUCUGACCUUGAGUUGGCUAUUCUCAGUGCAUUUCAGUUUGAUAUGGAAUGGCUUUUUACAAAAUUUCGCACAAAUACGACUAGGUUCUUGUUUAUGAUGCAGGCCAAGGAUGAGGUCACUAAACAACAAUAUGAAAAUGACAUAGUCGGCAAACCCAGUAUACGCUUAUGCUUUCCUCCAAUGGACGGACAAGUCAACUGUAUGCAUUCAAAGCUUAUGUUAUUAUACCACCCUAACUACCUGAGAAUUGUGGUUCCAAGUGCCAACUUGACUAAUUAUGACUGGGGAGAAAUGGGCGGUAUUAUGGAAAAUACUGUCUUCCUCAUCGACUUGCCCAAAAUAUCAGGAACUAAUAAUGAGGCACCGAAGACGGCUUUCUAUGAAGACCUCACUUAUUUCCUGGAAGCUAGUACAUUGCAUCCAAGUCUGAUUGAGAAAAUAUCUACAUACGACUUUACAGAAACCGCGCGCUAUGCGUUUGUCCAUACUAUUGGGGGCUCCCAUACUGGCGAAACUUGGAAGCGUACAGGGCAUUGUGGUCUAGGCAGAGCUGUGGACGCUCUUGGUCUGAGAACACAAUCGCCAAUUAAUAUUGAUUUUGUGACCUCCUCUGUUGGCUCACUGACCGCCGAAUUUUUGCGAUCGAUAUACCUCUCAGCUCAAGGAGACGAUGGCUCAAUUGAAUACACCCUCCGAACAUCAAAAACCUUCCCAUCCAAAAGCAUCGGCAACCCCACAAGAACAAUCCAAAAGACGACAGGCUCAGAUUGGAAAGACCAUUUCCGUGUCUACUACCCAUCUCAAGAGACAGUCCAGAACUCCAAAGGCGGUCCCGGGUGCGCAGGCACAAUUUGUUUCCAGGAGAAAUGGUACAAUGGGCCUAAAUUCCCGCAACAUGUUUUGCACGACUGUAUUAGUCGGAGGGAAAAACUCCUGAUGCAUAAUAAAAUGCUUCUUGCCCGUCCUGAAACACCAAUUAAUCUCCCUGAUGGAUCAACAUGCGUCGCAUGGGCGUAUGUUGGCAGCGCAAACCUGUCCGAAAGCGCAUGGGGAAGACUAGUCCAGGACCGCGCGACCAAAGAACCAAAACUGAACUGCCGAAACUGGGAAUGCGGCGUUUUAGUCCCUAUCACGAAGGUGUCGGAGUCAGCCGUCAAUGACAAACAGGGGAAGAAAGAGAAAGAAGAGGAGAAUGGUGAUAUUGAACAGAUAUUCAAUCCUAUCCCUGUGCCGAUGCGUGUCCCAGCACCGUCGUUUUCAGCGAAUCCUAAUUUGAAACCAUGGUACGGUGGGUGGUAGAUAUGAUUCUAGGAAAUCUAUGUAUUAAAACAUGUCGGAGAAUGAAUCUCAAAGUAAUAUUG